GGGUAGCUCUGAAGGUGCAUUCCAUAUCCUUCCUUUUCUCUCUCUCUCUCCCUCCCUCCUUGACAAACUCCUCCUAAGUUUCUUUCUCAAUUUUCCUUCAAAACCUUAAAAUCCUCAGCCCCAAGGCCCCAACAGAACCACACUUCUCUCUCUCUCUCUCUGCCUGCUGAGCCCUGGUAACUGCUGCUAGCAACUUGUUUAUUGAAUUAUUUUUUGAUCAACUACGGGGUUUGAUUGUCCGGACGAAUUAUCACCUGGGUCAGCUUUAACAAUGAGUACUGAACCUCAGAAUUCAGAAACUGAGAGCAGCUCCAACUCAUCCUCGUCGUUUCCAUCCUCACCUGGGUUGACUCAGUCACCUCCAAACUCAGUCUCAAAGUCACCAAACCAACCAAAAUCAACAAACCCAGAAGCAAAAAAGCUCAAAAGAAUCCGCGACAGUAACAAACACCCAGUUUAUCGCGGUGUCCGAAUGAGAAACUGGGGCAAAUGGGUCUCUGAAAUUCGUGAACCGCGCAAGAAAUCUCGCAUAUGGCUCGGAACUUUCCCUACCCCAGAAAUGGCUGCUAGAGCUCAUGACGUAGCUGCAUUGAGCAUCAAGGGUAACUCAGCGAUUCUAAACUUUCCUGAACUCGCCGGGUCUCUGCCUCGGCCUGUGACUCCCUCUCCUCGUGACGUUCAAGCCGCUGCGGCUAAAGCAGCUGCAAUGGACAAAUUUGACUCAGCAUCACCGUCUUCGUCGUCGACUUCAUCGUUGUCUUCUUCAUUGUCAUCAUUGGUUUCUACCGGUGAUCUGUCAACUUCUGAUGAACUGAGUGAAAUUGUUGAGUUGCCGAGUCUAGGGACGAGUUUUGACUCACUGGAGUUGCAUAGUGAGUUUGUCUAUGUUGAUUCUGUCGAUGGUUGGCUCUAUCCUCCUCCAUGGUUGAAUAGUGUGGAUGAAAGUGGGUAUUUUUCAGAUCAGAUAUCAUUGCCGGAGAGCGCUGCUUCGAAUAGUUUUGAAUCUAUGUUGUGGAAUUACUAGUGCUGCAUUUAUGUGUGUUUCUUUUUUUAUGUUUUCUUUUUAGCCCUCUUCUGUUUUUUCUUGAAGGGCUAAAACUCUCUCUCUCUCUCUCUCUCUCUGUAACUUUCAAUGAGUUACUGUACAGUGUUCGGAGGGACAGUCACAGAG